GUAGGAAUAUGUAGAUACAAAUCACAGAUUAGGAAAAAGAUUCAAAAGUCCUGAUUAUUAGUUGGGAAAUGAGGUUACUGACGAAGUCCUCGGUGUUGGAGGAGCCCAGCUUCCUUACAGAGCCAUGAGAAAUUAAUGACUGCAAACUGGUAGGUCCCAAUGUCUACUGGGAAAGGCAGGAGUCUUUGGAGUCAGAUAAAAUCUAGGUUUAAAUUCUGACUCUGCCACCUGGUAGUUUUGUGAUAUUAGGCAAGUGAUGUGAAUGCUCUCAAUCUGUUAUUUGGCCUCUAUGUCAGGAACUGUGCUAGGUGUUUGGAUACAGAAGUUUGAGAUGCGAAGGGUCCUGCCCUCCUAGAGAUUCAACAGAUAAUUAAGGAAAGGUGGGCUUCCUAACGCCGAAGGGACUGAGAGUAGUGAGAGUAAGGCUUAACCAGGCGGAGAGGGAGUUGGGUCCGGGGAGGCAACAUUUUAAGAAAAUAUGCGAGGGGCUGAUAGGCUGGAGCGGCCGAAGUCCAAUACACAGUUGUUCUUGUGGGUCUAAUGCAGGUGGUUGCGAUUAUUUCAUCAAACAAAUAUGAAAAGCACCUAACGCUGAAAGCACUUGACCCAGAAAUAGGAGUCAGGGCCGGGGCGCGAACCCUCAGCUGUAAAUCCCUUUCCAUAAGGAAGAGGAUUCCAACCUCCACUACAACAAGAGCAAAACACACUCGCUGUAAGGAACGGAGGAACGAGUCAGACGAUUGGGGGCAGGUUCCAGGUGGGGGGCGUGGCCUCGGGCGACUGCCGGAUGUCCUCUUCCGGAACCGGCCCGUGCCCCGGAAGCAGUUGUUGUUUGUUGGGGGCCUUUUGACCAGUGACGGAGACUGUCCAGGGGUGGUCAGCAUGUUCCUCUCCGCCGUCUUCUUUGCCAAGAGCAAGUCAAAUGAAACAAAGAGUCCUCUUCGUGGAAGAUAAAAAAAUACGCUCCCUUUAAAUGGUGGAUUGAAAGUGACUUUGAUUUAUAAAGAGAAGACUGAGGGCGGGGAUACUGAUUCAGAAAUCCUGUAGUGUGUAAUAAAAGAAGAGGAAAUGGCAUGGAAUCACUGCCUCCUGUGAUUUGAAGACCAUUGUGAAGGAAAACAAUGCAGUGAAAGAAAGUUCUUCAUAUUAGGACAGAUAUCAUUGCAUCACAUUUAUUUAUCUUUCUGGGUAUUUUUAUAGCCCUUAAUAAAAAAUAUUAAAAUAGCC